CUAUUUAUUGAAAACACUCUAGCUCGAAUUUGUUCUAACAAUCCAAAAGCGAAGACCCUUUUAAGCUUUCCCUUACAAACUCUUUCCAAACUUUCGAUUCUCCAUCGUCUUGAAUCUUGCUGAGCAGCUCAAGUGUAGUGUGAGUGACAGACCUCAAUUGCUUGGUGGAGAAGCUAAUGAAGCAAUCUAAGGAUCCAUUUGAGGCUGCACUGGAGGAGCAGGAGGAAUCACCACCCGAUUCCCCCAUUGGCCCGGAUGAGUUAGAUGGUCAAACUCAGAGUGCCCCUGCUCCUGGUGGAUUAGAUGAUGACUUUGAAAGUUUAUCUGCACCCAUGCCGGUGUCAGGCGGGACCAAUAUAAAUGCUGCUGUCACCAAGAACAAAGAUGAUGAUGAGGAAGAAGAGGAGGAGAAUGUGGAUGUUGAACUUGCUAAGUUCCCAUCUAGUGCUGACCCUUCUAAAAUGGCCAAGAUGCAGGCUAUUCUAUCUCAAUUCACAGAGGGCCAGAUGGAUAGGUAUGAAUCCUUUCGAAGAUCUGCACUUCAGAAGGCUAACAUGAGAAGGUUGUUAGUGAGCAUCACUGGAAGCCAGAAAAUUUCGUUACCGAUGACAAUUGUAGUGUGUGGCAUAGCAAAAAUGUUUGUCGGUGAACUAGUUGAAACAGCUAGAAUGGUCAUGGCAGAGCGGAAGGAAUCCGGACCGAUCAGGCCGUGCCACAUCAGAGAAGCUUAUAGAAGAUUAAAGCUUGAAGGCAAAGUACCAAGGAGAUCAAUUCAAAGGCUGUUUCGGUAGAUGGCCAGAAUUGCAAAAUUUAUGCUGUUGACAACUCAGGUUCUUACCAGAUCUUGAUGUUGUCAUAUCUUGAGUAGUAUAACUUGGAAGCCAACAGCCAGUUGUUGGAUUUUGAGGACUUAAAUGAAGAGUCUCUUCGAAUGUGGGAGUGAAUC